AUGACCGCCUCCAAGGAGUCUCCGCCAAUUGCUGCGGACGAAAAGUUCGGCACCGAAAAGACCGGAAAUGGCAGUCUACAUCCGACAAACAGCGUGGUCGAGGGCCACACGCAACUGCAGGAGGAUCGGAACGGCCAAUUUCACCGCUCGUUUACUCCACGUCAAGUCCAUAUUAUCUCACUGGGAUCGAAUAUUGGCAGCGGAGUCUUUAUUGCGACUGGGAAGGCACUUGCAACAGGCGGUCCAGGCAACAUGGUGCUCGCUUACCUGAUGGUAUGCAGCUGUGUCUGGGCCGUCCUCCAAUCACUAUCGGAGAUGACUAUCGCCUUUCCCGUAUCUGGAAACUACAUUGACUACGCCGAUCGUUGGGUUGACCCAGCGCUUGCUUUUGGUGCCGGCUUUGCUGAAUGGCUUGGAUGGACCGCUAUCGUCGCCGCAGAGACAGGGUUCUUCCACGUGUUGAUCUCACUAUGGGCUGGAGACUCGUUUCCACUGGCGGGAACUGUAUCACUCUUCCUCGUCGCAUGCUUUAUCAUCUUCCUUCUACCAAACAGCGCCUUCGCUUGGUUCGAAUACGUCACCUCAAUCAUCAAGAUCUUUCUCUUCCUCAUCAUUAUUGUCCUGUCGCUUGCGUUGGUCUUGGGUGCUGGCCCGAAUGGUCGUAUUCAUCAUGGCGAGACUUGGACUGAACUGCCGGCGUUCCUAAAUGGGUUUACGGGCUUUGCCAACUGUGCGCUGCUUGCAGUCUGGGCGGUUGGUGACCAAGUUUUCAUCGGCAUCAUGGGCGGUGAGGCAGCUAGCCCACGCUUUUCGAUGGCCCACGCAACGAAGCUUGUGCCAUUUCGGGUCAACUUUAUCUACAUGAUCAGCGUCGUCUUCAUUACGAUUUUGGUCCCCUCAAGCGAUGAGAGGUUACUCGGCGGAAGUAGCGUUGCAGCAUCACCGUUCGUUGUUGCCAUUGAAGAUGCCGGUAUCAAAGGUAUCUCGUCUUUGCUCAAUGCUGGAAUGAUGUGUGGUGUCUUGGCCAUUGCUGCAGAAGCAGUCUACCUUUCUUCAAGAAUUUUGAGAACGAUGGCUCAUCAGAAGCUUCUCCCCGAGCGGCUUGCCCAGGUUGAUAAUAAGGGAAGACCAAGAUGGGCACUGCUCAUUACGUGCAUCGCUGCGCUCAUCAUGUCAUAUAUCCAGCUUGCAUCCGGUGGCUUGACGGUCUUGAACUGGCUGAUUUCCAUCACGAGUGCUUCAUUCUUCACUAAUUGGAUCAUCAUCUCGUUCACAAACUGGCGUUUCCACGCUGCACUCAAGGCGCAGAACGACCCGCUCUUCUCCCAAGUUUAUGCAUGGAAGUCCACAGCCUGGCCUCUGGCACCGGCUUGGCUCAUGCUCAUAUCGCUGCUGCUUUUGGCGUGUUGCCUGGUUUGCGGUAUCGACCCUAUUGGAAGCGACUCGUUCAGCGCGGAAAACUUCUUCCAAUACAUGAUCGGAUUUCUCGUCAUCGUCGUGUUCACCAUAGGGUACAAGGUUAUCUACCGCACUCCGUGGAGAGACCUGAACACAGCUGACUGUGUCACGGGUCGGCGCAACUUGAGUGUUGAAGAGAUAAACCAGCUGGAUGACUACUACAAGAUGUCUAGAUGGAGAAGGUUCCUUACGUAUGUACAGUUGUGGUAA